CAGAUGGGUGAGUGAGGAGCCCCUCCGGGACUGGCAGGGCCAGCAAGCGCGACCGCCUCGAUGCCGGAAUCCCGUUUCCGCGGCACACCUGCAACAGGGGUCCCACGGGCAGGGGGCAAAGCGGUGCUUGCAUGCCAGGGACGCUCAGGGCUGGGAGCCCUCCCCAGCACAGCCUCCUCCUCCUCAGCUGUGCCGAGCUUAAAGCUCUUUUCACCCUUUGGGAAGCUUGUUGGCAAAGGUGCUGUGUCCUGCUGACUCUUCUCUGUUUCCCCUCCUUGUAGGCGAGACGCUGCCAGAGGAGAAUCCAGAGCAUCCAGAGCUCGAACCAGGAUGGGAUUCCGAGGGCAGCUGCUCGCUUUCUUCGCUUGACAGCAGCGAGUCGACCACGGUGUUUGGACUACACCUUGAGCCUUCUCAGGUGACAGACAUUGUCCUCAUUGCGAUCGAGGCCCUGACAGCAGAUGACAUCUCUGACAGGCAGAUGGGCAGCAACAUCCUGGACAUGGUCGUGCUAGACCCUGGCUACUGGCUGACGGACGUGCCAAAGUUCAUGAGGUACAUCCACAAAAACGUGGAGUGCAUCUGCACGGAGCCAGCCCGGCACAGCCUGGACUCCCUUCUCCUCCGAAUGACCGAGUGGUGCCCCAGAGAAGUGGUCAGGAGCCUGUUGAAGAUCUCGCCAACCUGUGACAGCGCUGCCCUGGCCAUGUGGGAGGUGAUGAUCUCCGUGCCUUGGAUUUUGUGGAGCGUCUUGACGGAGCUGCUCAGCGUGCUCCAGGACCAGCGGGUGCGCAAGGUGUUCAGCUGUGCCACGGAGGAUGCCUGCAUCUAUCCCUUGGCUCUGCUGCUCUACACUGACAUUGACGCCGAGGAGUUUGCUGCCCUGUACAGAGCCCAGAGGUACCUGAGGCGUCCAAGCUCAGUGAUGCUCUCGCUGGUGCUCAGUGUCCUCAUCACGCUUUCGAAAAAACCUAAGAUGGCAACAAAAAUGCAGGUCCUGCUGCCAGACAUCAUGGAGAACCUGCAGGAUGCCAACGCUGAUGCCAAGAUGAAGGCCCUGGUGUUCCUCAGGAGCAUGAUGGGUGACGCGAAGACUGAGGAGGCCAGCCUCAUUGCUGUGCAGCUGGCGGAGAAGCUCCCACCCCUCUUUGAUGAUGGCUCUGGGGCCACUCAGCCUCAGCUGCACAGCGGGCCCACAGCUCCUGUGUUCGGGAUCCGAGCCCAGAGCAUCUCCCCUCACAUCAGCCACGCUAACGCCCUUGCUCACCAUGUGAUGAAGGCCGUGGUGGGGAUAAACAAGAAAAAGAUGAAGAAGAGAGUGCAGAGGGUCCUGCUCCCGCUCUUCCUCCACAUGAGCGAUGAGAUCGAGAGCGUGGCACAGGGACACCCUCCUCGCCUGUGCCGAGUUCCUGGGGUGGAGGAAGCUCAGCCACCUGGCCAAGACAAACCAGACGCACCUGAUCGGAGAGUCCUUGUUAGUGCACGACAGGAGCAGGGCAGAAGACUAUCUGUUUCAGAGCCUGCAGUACCUGCGCAACGCUCAGGCCACCUUGCGAGAGGUGGCUGUCAGGUUCAUUGGGCUUGCCGUGCAGCACCUGAGGAACCUAAGUCAGACCAAGGUGUGGAAUGUCUGCAACGCCCUCUUGCCCUUGAGGAGAGACACGGAGCGCUUGGUCAGCUCCCUGGCAGCUCAGACCGUCUUCAAACUGACAAAACGCGUGAGAACACGAGGAUGGAGCCGGCGGUGGCUGUGCUGCUGUCUCGGCUGAGCCAUGGAGAACUGAAAGAAUCCUCUGGAAAAGGGCCAUAGAUUUGAAUAAUUCUUUGUUUUUAAUAAAGCUGGAAUAACAAGCCCCGUCCCAUGGUGUCCUUCCCAUGGGGACCACCCUGAGCGGGCCGAGCAGACAGCGUCCCUCCUGGCCUCUGCUGCUGCCUGCAGGACAGCACCCGCGGACCCAGGCUGUCCUGGCAACAAAGCCCCAGCU